AUGGCAUUUAAUAACACUACAACUGACUUGAUGGAUUGUGACUAUUUUGACAAUGGAACGGUAAAUAAUGUUGCAGUGUCCACUUAUGUUGUUGUUGUGUCUUACGCGUGUAUCUUCCUUUGUGGUGUUAUUGGUAACGGCCUCGUCAUCUACGUCAUUCUACGAUAUGCCAAGAUGAAAACAGUAACCAAUUUAUUCAUACUAAAUUUGGCAGUAUCAGAUUUUCUUUAUCUUCUUCAUCUACCACUAAUAUCAACAACAACGUACCUGAAAUACUGGAUGUUCGGUAAUGCCGUAUGCAAGAUAAAUUUUGUAUUGUAUUCGAUAAACUUUUUUGCUGGAGUUUUCACGUUGACGUCACUAGGUGGAGAUCGCUACAUAGCUGUAUGUCAUGCCAUAAAAUCCCAGGAAUAUCGAACGCCAAAGUACGCAACUCUUAUUAUCAUUGGCAUCUGGUCACUCUCGUUCUUUGUGAUGCUGCCUACCAUUCUCUAUUCGAAAACUGUGCCCAAUCACAGCUUCCCUGGGAAACUUACAUGUACGAUUGAAUGGCCAUCUGGACAACUCAUACCUACUGAAAAAGCAUACACGUGGUAUACAUUCCUGCUUGGGUUUGGUAUUCCUGUUUCUCUGAUAUCUGUUUUUUAUCUUCUUGUGAUUUUGCGGUUGAGGACUGUUGGGCCUGUAAAUAAGUCCAAAGAAACCAAAAAGGCACAUAGGAAGGUUACAAGGAUGGUGCUUGCAGUCAUAUCAGUAUACAUCGUAUGUUGGCUACCAUAUUGGUGCUUUCAGGUAAACCUUACAUUGCGACCAAAAGACAAAAUUCUGGAAGAUUGGGAGAUACUUAUGUUCAAUAUUUUCACUGUGUUGACAUCAUCUAACAGUAUGCUAAAUCCCAUUCUUUAUGCUUUUCUCAGUGACAAUUUCAGGCGCAGUUUUCUGAAGUCAUUCCAUUGCACUAGUCUAACGGAAGCAAACAGAAGCUUGUACGGAGAAAACAGCUUCCCAACAAAGCAUAGGCGCAGUCGCGAUUACGCAUUCGGAAAAAGCAAAGAUAUCGAGAAUAUAAAGCUUAAGGAGAAAGAGAAAAAAACUGAAGUGGAAAAUGGCGAUUAUCAAACUCAAACAAUCGGCCAUGUUAAUGAGAAAUGUCGACUGCUUCAGCUUAACAAAGUUGCAAAGCAUACUGAGGAGAACAAUGAGUACAAAAAUAACCUGGACGUUGAAGAUUUAGACGCAGUGAUUGAUCAUUCUGAUAUUGCAGCGUUAUAUGCAGACAAACAGAUUCAAACGCGGGAAGAAAUUGCUUAA